AUGAGUCGGAUCGUUGGGAAGGUGCCGGGAGUGCAGAAUCUCCGGAAAAUACACUCACCCGUCCGCCGCCCGCUCUCCGAAUCCCGGCUCCGUCCUCUCCCCCCGCUCCCUCUCCCGGUUGACUUCUUGCUCUCUCCGUGCGACCGCGACCGCCGCCGCCACUUCUCUCCCUCCGUCUCCGGACACUCCCUCGCUCCCUACGACCCCAGGCGCUCCCUCUGUCCCGGGUCAAACUCCCUCCGUCGCCGCCUGUUUCUGAGUUUCAGGAAGUUGCUGCGAGUCCGGGUAGUGACGUCAUUCAGGUACAGCCCCGGCCCGAACUUUAACUCGUCACCGGCCGGAAUGCGCGACAGAGGCGGGUCAGCCCCGGGCUGCGGGACCGGGGACCCAGGGUCCCCCCGCGGGGCCAAAGACCCAGGAUCCGAGUCAGUCCCGGGCUGUGGGGCCAAAGACCCAGGAUCCGAGUCAGUCCCGGGCUGUGGGGCCAAAGACCCAGGAUCCGAGUCAGUCCCGGGCUGUGGGGCCAAAGACCCAGGAUCCGAGUCAGUCCCGGGCUGUGGGGCCAAAGACCCAGGAUCCGAGUCAGUACCGGGCUGUGGGACCAAAGACUCCAGGAUCCGAGUCAGUACCGGGCUGUGGGACCAAAGACCCCAGGAUCUGAGUCAGUCCCGGGCUGCGGGACCAGGGACCCAGGGUCCGGGUCAGUCCCGAGCUGUGGGACCAGGACCCAGGAUCCGAGUCAGUACCGGGCUGUGGGACCAGGGACCCAGGGUCCGGGUCAGUCCCGGGCUGCGGGACCAGGGACCCAGGAUUCGGGUCGGUCACAGCUGCGGGACCUGGGACCCAGGAUCCGAGUCAGUCCCGGGCUGUGGGACCAAAGACCCCAGGGUCUGGGUCACUCCCGGGCUGCGGGACCAGGGACCCAGGUUCCGGGUCAGCCCUGGGCUGUGGGACCAAAGACCCCAGGAUCCGGGUCAGUCCCGAGCUGUAGGACCAGGGACCCAGGAUCCGAGUCAGUCCCGGGCUGUGGGACCAAAGACCCCAGGAUCCGAGUUAGUUCCGGGCUGUGGGACCAAAGACCCCAGGAUUUGUCAGCCCUGGGCUGUGGGACCAAAGACCCCAGGAUCCGGGUCAGCCCCGGGCUGUGGGACCAAAGACCCCAGGAUUCGUCAGCCCCGGGCUGUGGGACCAAAGACCCCAGAAUCCGAGUCAGUCCCGGGCUGCGGGACCAGGGACCCAGGGUCCGGGUCAGUCCCGGGCUGUGGGACCAAAGACCCCAGGAUUCGUCAGCCCCGGGCUGUGGGACCAAAGACCCCAGAAUCCGAGUCAGUCCCGGGCUGCGGGACCAGGGACCCAGGAUCCGAGUCAGUCCCGGGUUGUGGGACCAGGGACCCAGGGUCCCGGUCAGUCCCGGGCUGUGGGACCAAAGACCCCAGGAUCCGGACCCCAGGAUCCGAGUUAGUUCUGGGCUGUGGGACCAAAGACCCCAGGAUUUGUCAGCCCUGGGCUGUGGGACCAAAGACCCCAGGAUCCAGGUCAGCCCCGGGCUGUGGGACCAAAGACCCCAGGAUUCGUCAGCCCCGGGCUGUGGGACCAAAGACUCCAGAAUUCGAGUCAGUCCCGGGCUGCGGGACCAGGGACCCAGGAUCCGAGUCAGUCCUGGGCUGUGGGACCAGGGACCCAGGGUCCGGGUCAGUCCCGGGCUGUGGGACCAAAGACCCCAGGAUUUGUCAGCCCCGGGCUGCGGGACCAGGGACCCAGGAGCCGAGUCAGUCCCGGGCUGUGGGACCAGGGACCCAGGGUCCGGGUCAGUCCCGGGCUGUGGGACUAAAGACCCCAGGAUCCGGGUCAUUCCCGAGCUGUAGGACCAGGGACCCAGGAUCCGAGUCAGUCCCGGGCUGUGGGACCAAAGACCCCAGGAUUUGUCAGCCCUGGGCUGUGGGACCAAAGACCCCAGGAUUCGGGUCAGUCCCGGGCUGUGGGACCAAAGACCUCAGGAUCCAGGUCAGUCCCGGGCUGUGGGACCAGGGACCAGGGACUCAGAUCCAAGUCAGUCGCUGGGCUGGGGGACCCAGGUUCCGGAUCAGACCUGGGCUGCGGGACGUUUAG